AAAGUUUCGUCAAGGAGUAGGAAUCGUAAACGAUUGUAAACAUAAAUCAGAAUAUUGAAAAAAAAUAAUUAUUUUAGCAAAAAUAAAGGAUCUAGCAAGAUGGGAACUAAAAGGAAGAAUAUGGAAGAUGAAAUGUCAAGGUUUGAGCAAGAAAUAUCGAAGGAAUUAAUAAGAAGUAACGCAAAUAAUGCAAGACCAAUGUUUGUGCCAUCACAAAUCAAGCAAUUUAAUGCAUAUAAUACAAUUGCAUCGAAUUCAUCGAAUAAAGUGAUUAUGAAGCCACCAGUUCCUGCACAAAUGCCAACACCAUCAUUUAAUUCAACAUUUCAUCAAAUAGCAAAUAAUCCAAUGAUUGAAAAGAGUCCUAUUCUAUUUAGUGCUCCGAAACUUUAUACUCGACCGAAUGUACCAACUGUAGAGAUUCCAGCUCCAAUGCCUGCAUUUCAAGCAAUGUCAAGCACAUCAGUUGGUCCAAAUUUUGAUAUUAAUUCUCUACAAUUUGAAGUGCCAACAAAAUCCACAAAAAAGACCAAAACUGAAAAGGCACAACAGAAUCUUAAUGUUGAGGAUAUUGUUAAGGCAGCAAAAGCAUCAUCAGCACUUCAGUCAUUUGGCAAUAAAGAUAAGAGAAAGAUGGAUAAGAAAACUGUAAGACAGGCAGGUGGAAUCGUUUGGGAAGAUCAAAGUUUAGCUGAUUGGCCUGAAGAUGAUUUUAGAAUCUUUUGUGGUGAUCUUGGAAAUGACGUUACGGACGAGCUCCUUACUAGAACAUUUAGCAAAUUCCCAUCAUUUCAAAGAGCUAAAGUUAUCCGUGAUAAAAGAACGAAUAAAACUAAAGGCUAUGGAUUUGUAAGCUUCAAAGAACCUGCAGAUUUUAUUAAAGCAAUGAAGGAAUUUGAUGGAAGAUACGUUGGAUCACGUCCAAUAAAGUUGAGAAAAAGUACAUGGAAGGCUCGAGGCAUUGAGGAACGAAAGAAGAAAGAAGCAGAGAAAAAACAAUUGCUGGAUCUUAUCAAUAAAAUUUAGAAUUAAAAUUGAAUUAAAUUAUCUGAUAAUAAAUGAACAUAAGUCACAACAUAAAUGAGC